AUGGCUCCGUCAGCGACGACCCCUCCCCCAGUCGAAGAUCCCACGAUCCUCGCCCUGCGCAAAACCGUGACCUCUGAGUCCGAACCCCUCGCUCGACGAUUCCGCGCCCUCUUUUCGCUCAAGCACUUUGCGUGCCAGGGUUCUAUUCCCGCCAUCCAGGCGAUCGCCGCCGGGUUCGCAUCGCCAUCUGCGUUGUUGAAGCAUGAGUUGGCAUACUGCCUUGGGCAGACGAAGAAUUUGGCGGCGGUGCCUUUUCUUAGACAGGUGCUAGAGGAUCGCGAUGAGGAUAGUAUGUGCAGACAUGAGGCGGCGGAGGCUCUGGGUGCUAUUGGAGACUUGGGGAGUUUGGAUGUGCUGAGGGUUAUGAGAGAUGAUGCGGCGGAGGUUGAGGUUGUCAGGGAGACAUGUGAGAUCGCUGUGGCGAGGAUUGAGUGGGAAAACGGAGAUGGAAAGAAAGGCGAGAAGUUAAGGAAUAGUGAUUUCGCUUCUAUUGACCCUGCGCCUCCUGCUGCAUUACUGGAAACUCCAGAGACAAUCGAGAGUUUGGAGAAGAACUUGUUGGAUACCAAAGUGCCUCUAUUCUUACGGUACAGAGCCAUGUUUAGUCUACGGGAUCUCGCCUCUCCUCCAGACCUCCCAACCGCCACCCCAGCGGUCCUCGCCCUCGCAAAGGGCUUCUCAGAUCCGUCAGCACUUUUCAGACACGAAAUCGCCUUCGUUUUCGGCCAGUUAUCACACCCAGCGUCGAUUCCAGCUUUGACUGCUGCACUUUCUGAUCUGAAGGAGGAGAGUAUGGUUCGACACGAAGCAGCAGAAGCUCUCGGGAGCUUGGGUGAAGAGGAAGGUGUCGAAGAUACUCUGAAGUUAUUCCUGAAUGAUAAGGAGCAGGUCGUGCGAGAGAGUGUGGUGGUAGCGUUGGAUAUGGCGGAAUUUGAGAAGGGCGGGCAAACAGAGUAUGCAUUGAUCCCAGAAGCAGUUGCUGCAUAA